AUGGUUGCUCGUUUGGCAACCAAGGGCGUUAGUGGUGAGGGUGGUGUGCUCAGGGAUUCAUCCGGUGUAGUGUUGUUUGGGUUUUCGACUCCGCUUGGGGAGUUGACAUGUAUACAAGCGGAAAUUAAGUCCUUGUUGUUUGGAGUGCAGCAAUGUCUCCUUAGGGGAUUCUUACGGAUUCAGGUGAAGGUGGACUCUCUUGUGUUAGUCAACAUACUGCUCAGGAAAUCGCGGUGUCCGUGGUUAAUUCGGUUGGAGUUAGAUGCAUUAGUGGCGCUUCAGGGUUUGGAAUGGACUGUGGGGCAUUGUUAUCGUGAGGCAAAUCAGGUGACGGAUGCGUUGGCCAAGGAGGGGGCACGGUCAGAGGAUACUGUCUUGUAUUCAUCACCGGCAGAUUUACCCAGAUUGGCAAGGGGGGCCUUGGGCUUAGAUAGGUCACAGACACCCAGUAUUCGUAUUGCCAGUCAUCCGAAUAUCUACGUCUUGGACACUCCUGGUAUCUUGCCUCCAGAGAUUUUUGGUGACGAACUGUGCUCUAAACUAGCUUUAAUAGGAGCUAUCAGGGACUGCAUUGUUGGGAAAAAUGAUUUAGCUCAUUACUUUCUUGCUGUUCUUAAUUUGAGCCAAGAAUACAAGAAAUGGUCAAGGUUUUCUGCCAUGGAGAAUGUUAGAUCAUCAAUUUAUCAGGAAGGGGAGCUUUCUGAGAGCUCUCACGUGGACAAGAGGCAAUAUGCAACUGAUCACACACAGGAUUUCAUCGUAAAUGAUGUUCGGCGAACUCUUUUUGAAGCUGUUUCAACUUUCAGCGGAGAUCUGGAAAAUGAUAAGUAUUUGGAACAGCUCAUUGAAGUAGAGUCCAGAAUGUUACGAAAUGCCUUUCGUAUUACUCAAUCAGAAGUGGAUGGUCAUACUAAAGUUGCUAUUAAAUUAUUGGAUCUGUAUCGCACAGGAAGGCUUGGUCAUUAUGUUUUAGAUGAUAUUCCAAGGAUUUCCUGAGAAUAUAAACCUGGCCAUCUUUUUCUUGCACUUUUUAUGUUUCACUUUUCUUGAAAGCCAAGAUGUAUAGUGUUUCCGUGGUGCUCAA